AUGUUUAAAAACCUUUUUCGCCCACGACGGUCAAAUAAAGAGAACGAAGAUCAAGAAGAGCAUCAUCAUCAUCAACAACAACAACAACAACAACAACAACAACAACAUUCUGCCAAUGAAUUUCAGCGCAACUCGUUCUCCCAUAAGUCGCUAAGAAAUGCGCGUGAAAAACGAUCCUUCCAUUCAUCUUAUCAUCAUUAUCGAGGAAAUACAAGUGGCGGAGUUGAUGAUGGUCUUCCUAUAUCUACAUCACCAUAUCAUGUUGCCAUUCAGAGGAAAUAUCCACGCGGUACACAAUCAUGCUACGAUGGUCUCCGUGAUGACUUCGAUCGAUUUUCCACCAUGAAUAGGUCGUUUGCUAGUACGGCACAUUCGAAAUAUAAGCCUUCACGCCGUGAGUACAUGAACAUUAUGCGCCGUAAUCAUUUGAAUUCAGAAUAUGGCAGCUGUGAUCCUUCAUUGAACACCCCACCUCUCUAUAGUAGAGACUUAGAUGAUUCAGAUGCGGAGACAUGGAAUUCGGAAAGGAUUAUUAAGGAACUUCGAGCAGAAUUAAGGGCUACAAAUGAACGAAAGAAUUAUUAUAAAGAUUUAUACAAACGUGAACGGCAAGAUAGGAUACGUGAUCGUGAAUUGCGUGAUUUAGUGGAGAAGAAACUUAUGGAUGAUCUAAGAAGUAAAGAACUGGAAUGCUCCAAUAAUUUGUUACGAAUUAAAGCGCUGGAACAGCAGCUCCAACAUCACUCCAAUUUUCCGCCAUCAAUCCGUGAAUCCUCCUUUCGCAUCCCGCAUUUCUGCACUCCGUCGUCAUCUAAUACCGCAUCAACAAUGGCUGGAGCAGGUGAGGCCUUGUCUAGCACUUCAGAACUGUUUGCUAUCCGAGGUGCUUAUCUGGUAAAUCCAGUAGCCAGCAGCACGGGAAUAGCAGGAGCAACAAAUGCAACAGUAUCCGGUAAUCCCAGCGAGAUGCCGGACGAAAUGAAAGUUUUCCGACAACCUGAUGAAUUGCCUUUGGAGUUAGCGCGGAAUAGCAGCAUCAUAGAUACGCCACUUGGUAUUAAAAAUGAUGAUGCAGCAAAAAUAUCAGCUAAUUCAUUAGGCGUUUCUUUCGCAAAUCGCGAAAAUUUUAAUGGAACAGUGCUGGAAGAAGAUCGUCAAUCUGAUAACGGUUACGGUACCACUUCGGAAUGUGCUUCUGAGCUUGUUCGGAGUAUACGUCGGGUACAUAGUGAUUCCGAAGUACCACUGAAAGUCAUACAGACAUAA